AUGGCGUAUGCCACGACUGUGGAGCGCAAGAACAAACGCGACAAAUUUGCUUCUCAGGUGUCGGCCACGUACGACGUUGAGAAGAUUGAGAAGAAGAAGAAAAGCAUCAAGAAGUUUGUCAAAUUGUCCGAUCUCCCGACCGAGGAACAGGAUCGGAUCAUCAACAGCAUUCCAAACAUGACCAACGCUGAGAUACUCGCAUACUCGUUUCCGAACCCCAAGAAGAAGGCAAGGCAGCAGCAGAGGAACAGGAGGAGUUCGAUGAUGAAGAAACAACAGAGAAGAGAAAGGCGACAAAAGAUCAAAGAUCUCCGUGCAAGAGAAUGA